CUUAGAGAAGGGAAGAUGAGCGAGUCGAGCUCGAAGUCCAGCCAGCCCUUGGCCUCCAAGCAGAAAAGGGACGGCACUGAGAAGCGGGGCCAUGGCAGGCCGUGCAAGCAGCCUCCGGUGAGUCCCAGGACAGCGCUGGUAGGGAGUCAGAAGGAGCUCAGCGAAGUGCCAACACCUAAGAGACCUCGGGGCCGACCAAAGGGAAGCAAAAACAAGGGUGCUGCCAAGACCCGGAAAACCACCACAACUCUGGGAAGGAAACCAAGGGGAAGACCCAAAAAACUGGAGAAGGAGGAAGAGAAGGGUAUCUCGCAGGAGUCCUCACUGGAGGAGCAGCUUCCUUCUGGGACUGGACAGCUUUGAUCCGCUCCCAACCCC